CAUCGUCAUGCUCCGCCAAACUCUAGUGCGAGCCGCUCAACACGUGCGUCGCCCCGCCAUUCGAUUUCCUGAUCGAUCAAAGAAGUCACAAGGUGAGACGCUCUCCCCGCCUCGCCUUGGUCUCCCCUCUCCACCCUACUCACAUCCUACGACCCCCUCUCGCCUCGCCUCGCCCUCGCAUUCACCCCUCGCACUCGAACAGACUCGCACACCCCCCAUCCCCACCCAGCAGCACCAAAAGCGGUAGCCGAUGAUUUCUCCCAUUUCCAAGAAGUACUGAAUACCGGACCUCAUUUCCAUCCGGAGAAGAUCAACUCGUCGCCC